CAUUCAUACGAUUUUAACCGACUAAACUAUUUCAGUUUCGCAACGAUAGACUGAUGCCUCCUUAAAACAAGCCAUGUGUUGGCGCAAAUAGUCGCAGUAUCACAAGUCAGACAAAAACGCAACACAAUCCUGGUAGAAGCGAAGCGAAGAAAACUGUAGGAGAGAGAAAGACGAAAAAGCUUUUCUUGCCUGGUUUAAGAGAGAGAAAGAGAAAGAGAAGAAUUGUGGUCUUUGUUAUUGUUGUAUUUUAUUUUAUUUUUCUUUUUCGUAAAAAACUUUAUAGUAUCGAAAAAAUGGUGAAGAUUAUUAUUAGACCAACUUCUUGCUCUUCUUCUUCUCCAAUUACUACUAUCAUCUUAAAUCUUCUUCUUUGCCCUAAAAUAAGCUUACCCCUUUUUCUCUCUCCUUCAUAUUUUAGCCCUUUGCUACCCCCUUUUCUCAUUUUUUCUCUCUUCUUUUUCACUUCUACCCUUUUCUCAGCUUUCUCUCUCCAUUUUUUGCCUCUUUCGUGUUGUUUUCUCUCUCCAAGUUUCAAUCUUUAAAAUGUUGUAUUGAUUCUGUGGGAAUCACUACUACAUGAACUAGGCUUUAGAGGCUGUACUAGAAGUUUUGUUUGAUUAUACUGUUCCUAAAUGGAAGAGAACAAUUCUUCUCGGUUCGAAAGCAUAGGGAACACUGUCAGAAAGAGACGGAGCCAUACCUCCAGGCGACCUCGCCCUGAAUCUCAACCACUUUCGGAUGGACGUGAUGUUUCAUCCUUAUCCUCAACUCCUCCAUCGGAUGACAUAAAGGCAGGCUCCAGUGAUGAGAAUAGCGGUGGUGACCACAAUUCAAGGAGGAAAGAGCUUAGUCUUAGUCAAUGUGCAUCAAGAUUUCCUGGACCUAGUGGUGUGGAGGGAGAAAAAUCUUCGAGAAAGAAUAAGAAAGUAGAUAUUGGACUCAAUGAGUUAUAUGGCAAUAGUGGUUCAAGAGACACUAAAGAGCAGGGACGGACUGGCUCAAAUCACAAAAGAAGCAGCGAAGGAGUUCUUGCACCUGCUAAUUGGAGAAGUACAAGCAGGGAAAAUGAAAGCCCGGAACCACAGAAGACCAUGGCAUUGAAUAGAAAGGCUGAUGAUAGUGUAGGUCCAUCUCAAGAUAAGCCGGGAAAUGACAACAAGGUAAAAAAAGUCAAGCUCAAAGUUGGCGGUGUCACUCGUACCAUCGAUGCUAAUUCUAAGAGUUCUCGUGCUGCGGAUGCUACAAAUGUGCAGCAGAAGUCAGCGCAUAAGGAUAAUUCAGAAGUUGAUAACUCACCUUCUGGAGAUAAAAAGGGUGGAUUACAGGGAAUUCCUUGGAAAGAUUUCUCCAAAGUGGGGUUUACCCUUGGAAGGGAGGAAUCUUCAACGAAGGGGGCUGGGAAGAAUAGCUCUGUAAAGCAAGGUGACAAAUCUGACUCAGCGCGAAAGAGUAGACGAGCAUCGAAGAAGCGUGCACUUGAUGGUUUUGAGGACGAUGACGAUGAUGAUGAGAUCAGAUAUUUGGAGAAACUAAAAAAUGCAAAGUAUUUUAAUGGGUUUGGAGAGGAUGAUGAGGAAUCUAGCAGAAAACACAGAAGAUUGUCUAAGUUUUCAGGAAAUGUUUCUCAAAAUUCAGAAGUUGGUGCUUCUUCACGGCCGGGGAAAGAUGGAAAGAAGAGAUCACCUUCUGAGGAUACUGACUAUGAGGGAGAGGAGGAACUUGUAUCUGAUGGUGAAGCUGAGGGAAAGAAAAAGAAGAAAGCAAAGAAGGAACCUGUUGACGCAAUUGUUGAGCCUAAGCGGGAAUUGACUCUUACAACUCGUCAACGGGCACUUCAGUCAGGGAGAGAUUGCUCUACACCUGGUGGAACUGCAGUUGAAUUUCCAAAUGGGUUACCUCCAGCACCAUCUAGAAAGCAAAAAGAGAAGCUUUCGGAAGUGGAUCAACAAUUGAAGAAAGUUGAGGCUGCUCAGAGACGUAAAAUGCAAAAUGAGAAGGCAGCUAAGGAGUCUGAGGCUGAGGCAAUUAGAAGAAUACUCGGUCAAGACUCCAAUAGGAAAAAGAGGGAAGACAAAAAGAAGAAACGUGUAAAAGAGCUUGCCCAGGAGAGGGCUGCUGAUGAACUCAUGCGUGCAUCAAAUAGUAUCAGAAUGAUCAUGGGACCUAGUGGGACAACUGUUACCUUUCCAAAGGAAAUGUUGCCUAGCUUUUUUGACCCAAAACCCUGCAGUUAUCCUCCACCUCGUGAAAGAUGUGCUGGCCCAUCUUGUACGAAUCCAUACAAGUACAGAGAUUCAAAGACGAAGCUGCCUCUUUGCAGCCUACAGUGUUACAAGGCAGUUCAGGGCAAUAUACCAAGCCAAGCUGCUACCUGCUGAUAUAUACAGAUACAUACAUUUAUCCUUUGCCUUCGGUGUUGGUCCUGCAGGAUAUACAGCAGCUGCUCAUAUCUAGCAGAAUUCACCUUCAAAGGCCCUCAUUCACCGAGAAAAUAUAAAGCCUUAAUAUGUGAUAUGAUCUAUUACGGGUGAGAAUAAUUUGGUAGUAUUGUAUGAUUCAUAUUUCUAUGGAAUUAAUAAGGUAUAAUCAUGCCAAAUUAUGUAAAUUUUUACAGCAUAUGAAAGAAUAGUACUGUGUAGUUUAGAUCUCUAGCAGCUCGUAUUUGGUUUUAUUAAUAGUAGCUUAUCUCUAUAUCUCAGUAUUACAGCUUACAUUUCAAUAAUUUACACCCCUUCAUUUUGUCUCA